AUGUCAUUCAUUCAACUCGUUCACUUCUUCGGUCUUUUGACCUUGGCUGCUGGCAAGCCGAUUCUUAUUCCGAGGCAAGCUUCGGGAGCGCCGCAGGACGGUGCUCGCAACCUGAUUGAUGUUCAGCUGCAGGCGCUCGGAAACUCGACUGUUAAAGCCUUCAUUACCAACAUUGCCGAUGAGAAUCUCCGUGUUGUCAAGAGGGGUGGUCUCCUCGAUAACGAGCUUCCCACUAAGAAGGUGGUUGUGUCUGGAUCUGGUGGCGGCCCAACUUUCACUGGUGCGGAGGUCGACUACAUCAACACACACCUGAGUGAUGACGCCUUCAUGGAACUCGCCCCUAAGCAAACAAUCGAGUCCAUCUUCGACAUCGCCGACUCCCACGACCUUGCCCCCGGAGAGAAGUACUCCGCGAUCGCGGAUGGCAUGCUCGAAUACACGAAGUUGAAGGACCCCAAGAAAUUCUUUGUCGUACCUUACACAUCCAACACCAUCGAUUUCGAUGCUCCUGAGGACUCUGCCAACCGCCUUACUACCCGCGCCACCCUCGAAUCCUGCAGUGGCGAAUACAACAAGCUGAUGCAGGAUAACCUUGCGCAGGCCGCCAAGAUGGCCGAGGCCGCUGCUGCCGAUGCCCGCGACGGCAGCAGUGGACUGUUCCAGAAGUUCUUCAAGUCCCAGGACGAGGCUGACAAGAAGGAGGUUGCGGAGCGCUUGGAGGCUAUUGCCAAGGAAGCAACAUCGAAGGGCACAUUGACCUACUACUGUCAGCCAUCGGCGCAGGAUUCCUGCGGCGGCAACAUUGCGGCCAUUACAUACCCAACACUAAACCGUGUUGUCAACUGCCAAGCAUAUUAUGAGACGCAGCAGGUGGUGAACGAGUGUGGAUAUCUGGAUCAGGCGGCUAUCUCGCUCCAUGAGUUCUCGCAUGCUACUAGUGUCUAUGCGCCGGGUACAGAUGAUGUUGUGUAUGGACUUGAUGGUGUGCUUCAAUUGAGCACUGCGCAAGCCAAGAAUAACGCCGAUUCAUUUGCUUACUAUGCUAACAGUGUUUUCAACAACUGCAGUGCUGAUGGUAGCCAAAAUGGAAACUCUGGUACUCAACCCGGCUCUUCAAGUGGAAUGAAUAAUGGAGGUGGUUUUACCAUCCCCUGGGGACAGGGAACUGGUCAAGGAAAUGAGCAGGGAGCCAACCAGGGAGCCAACCAGGGAGCCAACCAGGGAGCCAACCAGGGAGCCAACCAGGGAGCCGGUCAGCAAACUGGUGGUCCAACUGGAAUGGAAAAUGGAGGCGGCUUUACCAUCCCCUGGGGACAAGGAAUUGGUCAAGGAAACGAACAGGAGGUUAGUCAGGGUGCCGGUCAACAGACCAACCAGGCCGGUGGUAUGGCUCCUUGGGGACAGCAAGAUAGCACCACGCAAGGCACCACACAGCCCGGAUCCGAAUGGCCCGCCGGCUUCGACAACCUUCCCUGGUCCUUUAACAACCCCGAUCAGGGUGCCCAGUCCAAUGGCGGUCAAUUUUCCAACGAGUGGCAGCCAGUUUCGAAUGAGUAUGAGGAGGUUUCGAGUUCCCCAUCUGGUUACUUUCCCGCUGGUACCUUCGAGGCCCCUGAGAGAUCGCAGGUUUUUGAACUUGGUGAAGGAAGUGGCUGGUUCAAGAGGGAUCAGUAG